ACAUAGAUUAUUCAUCAUCUAUCACUCAAGUCAGAUUAUUGUAAUUAUUAGUAAACACGUCUUCGCUCGAUUAAAUUUAGAUAUUUACGUUCAUUCGUACUUGGGUGUUUGUGUUAUACGGCGUUGUGUAAUAUUUAAUACUAUGAAUUUCUACUGGAGUAAUACUUUAUCAUCAAGAGUGAUUCCUAAGAAUGUGUUCGCUGAGUUGCCACAGACAUACAAAGUGUCCAAAGAACAGUUUCGAUUCUAUGACGAGAACGGAUUUCUGGUUAUCAAAGAGUUGAUAGACUUCGAAUCUUUGUACAGUUACAAGAAACGCUUCGUACAAGUAUGCAACGGCCUCGUAGACAAAGGAUCCAUGACCAUCGUUAAGGAGCCAUCGCUCGUCGAUAAACAGAGGAAACCAGAGGAUUACGUCAAUAAGCUAAACGACGUCUUAUACGACGAUGUAUUCGCCACAUACGUCGAGCACCCGAGACUUCUCCACGUGUUGUCACAGUUCAUCGGUGAUGAGAUAACAGCGGUGAACAGCAUGAUGAUAAACAAACCGCCCGGCACCGACAGACAUCCGCCUCAUCAGGAUCUAUUUUAUUUCCCGUUCCGUCCAGCCGAUAAGAUCAUAGCGGCUUGGACGGCCAUAGACCACGUGGAUUUUCAAAAUGGCUGCCUUUACGUCAUUCCCGGUUCGCACAAGGAGAAGAAAAUAUAUGAACACGGCAAUGUUGGAAUUUCCAAGAAAUUGUACCACGGCAUUAUAAAGGAAGACGCCGUAGCCCCCGCGGCAAAGCGGGUGCAGCUUGAAAUGUCUCCGGGGGACACGGUUUUCUUCCACCCCCUACUGGUACACGGUUCCGGGGCUAACGUUUCUAAGAAUUACCGCAAAUCAAUGACGUGCCACUUUGCAAGCGGCGACUGCUAUUAUAUAGACGUAAAAGGCACGAUACAAGAAGAGCUGGCGAAGGAGAUCGUGGGAGAAGCGAAGAGAAGAGGCUUUGAUCUCACUUUUCAGGAAACGUGGAAGUAUAGAAGUAAGAUCGUCAAGGGCGUUCGUUCUAAUUUGUAAUUAGAAUAAUGGUGUUUGAAAUAUGAAGCAUGACAUAAAAAUUGCAAAAAUGAAUAUUAAUUUUCAUUUAAAUAUAUAUAUAGGUAUAUAUUAUAUAUAUUUGCUCAAUUUUUAUUAAUUUAAAAUAUUAUAAUUUUAAAUAAAAAUUUAGCGAUAUUUCAAAUAUUUAUGUAUUUGUAGGCUAGUGGGUGAUAUUUCAAUUUGGUUCUUAUUCAGCUUUAUAGAAAUAGAUUUAAUAAGAUGUUACCUGAGUUGUCAUCACAACGUAUGUACAAUACCGAAGAUUAUGUUAAGAUAUUUGAUUAUUAAUUAUAAAACUUUUAAAAUAUAUUUUUGUAUAUAUUUUUUUUAUUGUUCUGUUUUUCUUAUUUUCAAUUUAUAUAUAAUCUUUGUAUAAAGUAUUGCUGACAUUCCAAAUACUUUAAUUUUGUAAUUUAAUCUAAGGGUUUAUGGUUAAUUGAGAGUUUAAUUAAGUAUAAUUUUUUUAUAUUAAUAUUGUGAUAUAAUUGUUAUUUUUUGAAAUAAAUUUUACUUGUUAAAA